ACAACAAAAUCAAAGUGACCGCGGUAACCCAUCACCAUGGCGUCGUCCAACAAGGAGAUGGAGGAGACGGAAGAUAACACUGAACUCGAUCCAAGAAUUCAGAUCGAACUGGAGAAUCUCAACACGGCAACGGACGAUAUUAACAAGCUCGAGAUUGAACUGGAGGAAGCCAACUCGACGUUUCGGAUACUGAUGAACGAAUCGACCCGCCGGUUGAAGCUGUCUUCGAAAAAGCUCGGCAGCUGCAUCGAGAAAGCCCGCCCGUACUAUGAGGCGCUCGAGAAGGCAAAGGUAGCCCAGCUGGAAUGUCAGGCGGCGACGCUAAAGUAUCAGCGAGCGAACGAGAUCCAUGCGGCCGCCAAGGAGACGGUUGCGUUGGCAGAACAGCGCUUCAUGAGCAACUCGCACGAGUGGCAGUUUGAUAAUGCCUGGCAGGAAAUGUUAAACCACGCUACGAUUAAGGUUAUGGAUGCAGAGAAACAAAAGGCUGAAAGUGGUGCAGAACAUCAGAAGAAGGCGAAGGUGUUUGAGGAGGCAGAAAAGAAAGUACAACAACUAGAGGAACGCUAUCGAAGAAGCAUACAAAAGUCGCGCCCAUACUUCGACGAGAAGCAACUCUGCCAGGAACAGCUGGAAGCGCAAAAGGGUCGCAUACAGCAGCUCGAACAGCAGAUCCAGGCGGCCAAGAGCGCGUACAGUACAGCGCUUCGUAAUCUGGAAAAGAUAAGCGAAGAAAUCCACGAACAGCGUGGUGAUCUGAGCCAGGCCGCACCAUCCGGCCCCCGAGAACCGGGUGUUGGUGCCGAGCUCGCCAACAUUCUUCCCACCACAGCGAGCAAAGCGUCGUGCAAGGAACGUUUCCCGUACAGCAGCACCAUGCCGGACAUAUCGAGCGAGCUGGACAAGUGUGAGAUCCGGUCGGUGGGUAGUGCGUCGGUUGCUACCAGCUCGGCGGUAAGUGAAAAGGAUCCUUCGGAGGAGGACGAUUACUCGGGCAUGACGCUGCACGAGGAUGAACCGGUAGUGACCGAUGACGAUCUGCAUCUGGAGCUGUUGCGACAGAAGGUACGCACGUUGGCCGUGCGACCGGUAGAGGGCGGUGAUGGUCAGCAGCAGGAGCAGGACGUGUGGGAACACGAGCUAAAUGCCACGGUCGAUAAGCUGGACCAUCUGAUGAUGUUGCGUGAGUGUUCGCGCAGCAGCACACUGAGCGGAUCGGGUGUCACCGGUGGUGGUUCGACUGUUGGUGAGAAUGGUGCAACGUUCUGUAGCCUUCCCACUACGCCGAAACACCAGCAGGCGCACCUUCAUCCGCACCAUCAGAAACAUUACCAUCAGCUUCACCCGCAACAACCGUCAAUUGGUCGUGGUGUGUCCCUUUCACCGGUGGAUUCACCAUCGCACGAUCAGCACACGAUCAAAAUGUUCAAAAAGCUCGAUCCCCUACCGUUGGCCAACGUUUCGAUGUACGCACUUCCAACAUAUCUUAAUGCGGCAACGAAUGGUGGUACUGGGGGGAGUAGUUUGCUGACGCCUAUUUCUGCCACCUCGCCGGGUGACACGAUGAUGUGCCGAGAGCCGACCGAACCAGGGCUGAGCACGAAGCAUAAGCGAAAGAUGUCCAUGUAAAGGUUUGC